UUGAGUGCCCAGCCUCGGCCCCGGCUCCCGCGCGCGCUGCGGGGAGUGGCGCUCCGCCCGGCGCCUUCCGAGAUUUGCCUUUCCACCCCAGGACGCCCACGAGCAUGGUCACUUCCUUCUUUCUGCCCACUCAUUCUUCCACUGGGUUGGCUUUUCUUAGCGUCUCUGGCUCCGUACUUGCCCCGGCAUGCCUUUUUUCAUGAUGCCGCUGUCGUAGCCUCACGCAGGAGCUCUGUUUCCAUGAAGAUCCGCCUGGUGACUCGCCAACCCUGCCACCAUGAACGGGGUCCUGAUCCCUCAUACGCCCAUCGCUGUGGACUUUUGGAGCCUACGCCGGGCUGGCUGCGCCCGGCUCUUCUUCUUGUCCCACAUGCACUCGGACCAUACCGUGGGUCUGUCUAGCACCUGGUGCCGGCCCGUCUACUGCUCCCCAAUCACUGCUUACCUCUUGCAUCGUCACCUGCAGGUAUCUAAGCAGUGGAUCCGAGCCCUGGAGGUUGGUGAGAGCCACAUCCUGCCUCUAGAUGAAGUUGGGCGAGAGACCAUGACUGUAACUCUCAUUGAUGCCAAUCACUGCCCUGGCUCUGUCAUGUUUCUCUUUGAAGGAUACUUUGGAACCAUCCUCUACACAGGUGAUUUUCGGUUCACACCGUCCAUGCUGAAGGAGCCAGCCCUACAACUGGGGAAGCCGAUCCACACCUUGUACUUAGACAACACCAACUGCAACCCAGCUCUGGUUCUUCCCUCCCAGCAAGAAGCUGCCCGCCAGAUUGUUGAGCUCAUUCGAAAGCACCCACAACAUAACAUAAAAAUUGGACUCUAUAGCCUGGGAAAAGAGUCACUGCUGGAGCAGCUGGCCCUGGAGUUUCAGACCUGGGUGGUACUGAGUCCUCGGCGCCUGGAGUUGGUGCAGCUCCUGGGCCUGGCAGAUGUAUUCACAGUGGAGGAGAAGGCCGGCCGCAUCCACGCCGUGGACCACAUGGAGAUCUGCCGUUCCGCCGUGUUGCGGUGGAACCAGACCCACCCUACCAUCGCUAUCCUUCCCACAAGCCGGAGAAUCUACCGCUCCCACCCCGAUAUCCAUAUCAUCCCUUACUCUGACCACUCCUCCUUCUCUGAGCUCCGGGCCUUUGUGGCAGCCCUCAGGCCCUGCCAGGUGGUGCCCAUUGUCAGUCGACAACCCUGUAAGGACUACUUUCAGGACAGCCUGAGCCCCAGGCUCUCUGUGCCCCUGAUUCCUGACUCUGUGCAGCAGUACAUGAGCUCCUCCUCCAGAAAACCAAGUUUUCUCUGGCUCUUGUUGGAAAGGAAGCUCAAGAGACUGAGGGCUCAGGGUGUCGUGUUUGAAUCCCUUGAGGAAAAUGCUGAUCACCCUCAAGCUGAUAGGGAUUCCAAGAAGACCAAGAACCUUCCUGGGGACCUUGAGAAGCAGCCGUGCCACCCUCCUUUGCGGACCGAGAAGCAGUCGUUCCCAGACGUCUGCAGCAAAGCAAGGGAGGGGGCAGUCCCUUCCUCUGAGUCUCCAAAGAUGGUGACUGUGUUGACUGCCCCCUCCAGUUUUCCAGUGCACUUAAGGUCUACAGAGGAAGAAUUUCUCUCUUGGAAAACUGGGGAGGAAAUCAGCAUAGGGCCCUCCUUGGGGCCCAGGGGCAACAGUGAGGACUCAGCAGCCCCAGGGAACCUGAGAGCCUGGAUGGGCCAGGAUUGUCCCCUGUCUCACAGCAGCAAGGCUGCCCCUGUCCUGGCUCCUGAGUUCAGGAGCCUGGCACUAAAAUACCUUCUGACCCCAGUGAAUGUUCUCCCGGCAAGGUUCUCUUCCAGGGGCUUUGACCAGCAAGUGGAAAAAUACCAUAAACUCUUGCUCAAGCACAAAAAGGAGAGUACAGAGUGACAGCCUUGUUGGAUCCAAUGCUGAAGUUCAAGAUAGUGACUGACAGCUUACUUGGGGCCUUACUUUUCUGUGUUGACAGGAUCCUCAUGAACUCACCCUGUAACGAGACUUCUCCAAGGGUGAUCAUUAGAAUCCUAGUGCCUAUGGAAUCCUUAGUUUUAUAAUUGACUAUAUUUAAGAAACAUUUCAUUAUAACCUGCUAACAGUACAUGUGAGCACACUAAAGGUACUGAGAACUCCUGCAGUAACUUAAUCUGUUUAACUUUGUUUAACCCGUAUUUCUCCAAAUUGAACAUAUAGUCCUCUUACAUGGCUGCAGAAAAAGAGUCUGAUCCAAAAGGCCAAUUUGGGAGUUUCCAUUGUGGCUCAGUGGUUAAUGAAUCUGACCAGGAACCCUGAGGUUGUGGGUUCGAUCCCUGGCCUUGACCAGUGGGUUAGGAUCUGGCAUUGCCACGAGCUGUGGUGUAGAUUGCAGACGCAGCUCAGAUCCCGCGUUGCUGUGGCUCCGGCGUAGGUGGGCGGCUACAGCUCCGAUUCCACCCCUAGCCUGGGAACCUCCAUAUGCCGUGGGUGCAGCCCUAGAAAAGGCAAAAAGAAAAAAAGGCCAAUUUGUUCACAUUUUUGUAAUUUUUUUUUUUUUUUUUAAGGGCCGCACCUGCAGCAUAUGGAGGUUCCCAGGCUAGGAGUCAAAUUAGAGCUAUAGCCGGCCUACACCACAGCCACAGCAACGGCAGAUCCGAGCCGUGUCAGCAACCUAUACCACAGCUCACGGUAACACCGGAUCCUUAACCCUUUGGGUGAGGCCAGGGAUCAAACCCGCAAGCUCAUGGUUCCUAGUCAGAUUCCUUUCCACUGCGCCAUGACGGGAACUCCUGUUCACACUGUUUUGUGUGUCACAUGACAUUUCCCAUGUCCCUUUCUGUCUCUUCCUAGAUAGAAGUCCCUAGGUAAUUCUGUUUUUUAGUUUAGGAACUGUGGUGCUGGAGGAUAACAUGGUGACCCAGGCAGCACAUUCCAAUUUUGAAUGUCACUGACUUCUUGUGACUCCAUCCAAGUCACUUCCCCUCUCUGCCCCUGAGAGGGAACAGGAAGUGAUGAAGAUCCUUGAAACAGUGGAGGAAAAUUCCACCUCUGCCUCCUUGUUAGUGGAGUGUUAGUUAGUGUCCUUGGGGACCUACCUGGAAGGGAGCCAGCUGGGGGACUGGGCACCCCUCGCCAUGGCAGUACCUGGAACCCAGCCAAACAUGAGGCUUAGGGUACUAGGGGCCCCCCCAGCCGCUUGGAGGGCCUGACCAUUUGGCUGAAAUAAGUUUACAGAGGAUCAAAUGUGCUGCCAGAUAGUCCUGAUUGUUCACAUAGCUGGGGUAUUUGCUGGCCCCCCUGCUCCCAUUAUCCCCCCCUCCAUCCUUGGGUUGAGCAGGGAGCCAGAGGACACAGCCUGUUUGUUCUAGAAUCCAGGGCAGAGACCAAGGAGCCAGCUGGUGGACGGGGUGGGGGCGUGCAGUUCUGUCCUGUCCUUCUGCUCACAGCCUGACAAAAUGCCAAACCGAUAAGCAGGACGCCAGAUACCAUGGUCUCAGAAGGCUCAGGCAUGUGGAGCUGGGCACAUGGAUAAGACUUGCCGGGGCCAGCUCAGCAGGAUGGGGCUGAAGAACAGGUGCUGUGGAACUUAAGGAAAAAUAGUUAACAUAAAACAAGACACAGAGACAUUUAUCUUAAGUAAAGGUGGGAGCUGGGGACUCAAAGUCUCAGGGACCAAGAGCGCCCUGCCUCAAGAAACCACACUGCUUUUAUUGUGAGAUCAAGUGAGGAGUGGCUAUAGGUGGAUGAUACAGGGUUUGUUUACUAUUAUUAUAUAUAAGUUCUUUUACUAUUUAGAAAGCCACUUAGGUGGUAAAGGGUUAAGCUCUUACUCUGACCUCUAGGCACAUAACAGUACUUAAGCUUAAGUCACUUAUGCCUUUAGGUCUUUGCUCUUAAACUUAAGUCAUUUACCAGCACUGUGACUGUUUUUCUUUUUUUUUUUUUUUUUUUUGUCUUUUUGCUAUUUCUUGGGCCGCUCCUGCGGCAUAUGGAGGUUCCCAGGCUAGGGGUCGAAUCGGAGCUGUAGUCACCGGCCUAUGCCAGAGCCACUGCAACGCGGGAUCCGAGCCGCGUCUGCAACCUACACCACAGCUCACGGCAACACCGAAUCGUUAACCCACUGAGCAAGGGCAGGGACCGAACCCGCAGCCUCAUGGUUCCUAGUCGGAUUCGUUAACCACUGCGCCACGACGGGAACUCCCAUGUGACUGUUUUUCAAAGCGGGAAGAUGGGAUAAAGUAAGACAAGAAGAUGGGAUAAAGUAAAGAAGGACAAGAUGGAGUUUUCAAGGAAACAUGUCUUGCGACAGAUAAGAACUGCUUCAGGAUGGAGCCCCAAGCCUUCACAAUGAAGACGCCUCUGUUUCUUUUGCGGGAGGGGGGAGGGAUUUUUUUUCCUACUUCUAGAGGAAGAUAUGAAGAGUUUACAAAGCAAAAUAAGGCCUUUUUCUUGGACAAGCUGUAUGCAGCUCUGUUUUGCCAAUGACCUUCACCGUAAACCUCCCAUGGGCCCGCAGGAGCUGUAGCAGGGCGGGCAUGUGGGGUGGCAGGGAAAUUGGGCACUGUCCUGGGCUUGAAUCCAGGGCACGCUGAGCAAAUAGAGAUACCAUGCUUCAAAGCAGAUCCUUGGGGAGUUCUCUUGUAGACAGCUGGAUAAAGACCUGGCAUUGUCACUGCAGUGGCUUGGGUCGCUGCUGUGGUACAAGUUCGAUCCCUGGCCCAGGGAACUUCCACAAGCUACAGGCAAGGCCAAAAGAAAAGCAGAGCCUUGGUUUCUUAUCUGUAAAAGGGGCUGAAAUAUAUCUACCCCUCCUGAUUGCCCUGACAGGUAAUUGGUAAAAUUCCUAGCUCGGUGCUUACCACGUGAUGGGUAUUUCGAAUAUUGGCUCUCUUAGCCUCUGGUUCUUUAAAAAAAUUAUUCUCUAUAUAAAAUAAGAAACUUUGGAAGUCAUAAACUAUAAAGAAGAAAAACUCAGUUAUAAUUCGUCCAUAUAGAUCAGUUUUAGUCUUUUUCUGUGCAUGUAGAUAUAUUAAAUACAUAAUUUUUUCCAA